GGCCCACUGCGCUGUGCGGGCCGGGGGGCUCCGUUACCCGGUGUGAGGCGGUCUCUCCGUGAUGACACAGAGACAUGUCCCGCGCUCAUCGCAUGUCCGGGGGACACAUUGUACUGCUACACUGCUCACUUCCGGAGCCGGCCCCUCCUCCCACCGCAGGGUCCUAGGCCCGGCCAUGUUAGCUUUGUCUGGCUGGGAGCUGGGGCACAAUUAGGGUUCAUGGCACCCCCAAAACAACGGGGACACAGAGCACCCCAACCCUGCUAGGACUGGAUCCGGGGAGCAGGACUCGUUAAACAUGGCGUCAGUGAAGAUAGAAUCCACUAUAGAGGUGGUGUUGGAGGACAGCUCUGGGUUUGUGCAGUCUGGUCGUCGCUUCCGUUGCUUGAGCUGCAACAAGACCUUCCCUAACAAGCCAAGGGCCGAGCGGCACUGCUAUGCUCAUCAAACGGAUGGGGCUGCUACCCCCUCUCUUCCCAAAAAGAAACGCAUGCCAGGGUCGGAGCAGCGGCAUCAAUGUGUUCUUUGUGACAAGUCCUACAAAUCAGCUUCUUUGCUCAGGAGUCAUGCUCGAAGCCACACAGGAGAGAAACCCUUUGUGUGCAAACAGUGUGGGAGAUCUUUUAUGCAGCCCAUUUGUUUGCGGGUGCAUAUGGCCACGCACAAUGGCCAGCUGCCUUUCCCAUGUGGGCAGUGUGAUAAAGCCUAUGCGACACCCUCCAAGCUUCGCAUCCACCAGAGGCUUCAUACAGGUGAGCGCCCUUUCAUUUGCUCUGACUGCGGUAAAGGUUUUGCUGAUCCCUCUGUUUUCCGCAAGCACAAACGGAGCCACGCUGGACUAAGGCCUUACCAGUGUCCGCUAUGCCAAAAGGCCUAUAGUGAACUUAAGGACCUAAAAAACCAUGAGCGAAGCCACACUGGUGAAAAACCCUUCUUGUGCUCAGACUGUGGCAAGGCUUUCUCUCGUGCUUCCUCGCUCACAUGUCACCAGAGGAUUCACGCUACAGAAAAGCCUUACAAAUGUCCAAUAUGCAACAAAGACUUUACUCAGCUUUCAUCUUACCAGAGCCACCAACGAACGCACUCAGGUGAGAAGCCUUAUUUGUGCGCUCAGUGUGGACGGAUGUUCUCUGAUCCAUCCAGCUUCCGUCGGCACCAGCGGGCACACCAGGGUGUCAAGCCUUACCAAUGUGAUAAAUGCGGAAAGCCUUUUCGGCAGCCAGCAGACCUGGCGAUGCACCAGCGCAUCCAUACAGGUGAGAGGCCAUUCCGUUGCACAGAAUGUGAUAAAUCUUUUGUAGCAUCGUGGGACCUGAAGCGCCACAGGUUGUCGCACAGUGCAGAGCGACCUUUCCAGUGCCAGGAAUGUGGUAAAGGCUUUGCAGAACGCUCGGGACUCAGCAAACACCAGCGCUCACACAGUGGAGAAAGGCCGUUCAAGUGUCCAAUCUGUGACAAGAGCUUUGUAGUAUCUUCCAGCCUUCGAAAACAUGAGCGCACUCACCAGAAAGUCGAACGAGAGGUCAGUAGGAAGAAAGAAGAAUCUACCACCUGCGAAAAGUGUUCCCUGAUCUUUCCUAGCGUGAUGGACCUUAGGAACCACCAAAGGAUUCAUCCAGAGUUACGACCCUUCCGCUGUGACCAGUGUGAAAAGGGCUUCGUAGAUAGAGCAGGGCUCAAAAAGCAUCAGCGGAUACACAGUGACGUACGUCCCCAUGUGUGCGCACUAUGCGGAAAAGGCUUUCUAGUGCCUUCUGACCUGCGCAAGCACCAACGGACACAUGCAAAGGACAGCAAGGAGAAAGCAGAGGAUGAAGAAGAGGAACAAAUUACAACAUUGACUCUCCAUCCGGCCUCUGUAGAACCUCCACCUCUAUUUGAUCCCCUGGUUUCCUUUCUGGAGAAAGUGGCAGAAGGUGAUAUGGAAGUGAUUGCUCCUUCACCUCCACCUAACUGACCCCUAUCCUGUAACAGAUUCCAGAUGGUCUCUCUGUUGUUAGCGUCUGCCUAAUGUCCUCCUGUUUACAAACACAGAACUUGCAAAGAAAAACAUGGACUUAAAAUCUCCAGCUUUCUCUCCACCAGUUAUUCUCUGCUGAUGUGUCUAGAAUCAAUAAGCCUCAUAUAAUCCUCCAAUACUAUGAUAAUAAACCGCAGCCCAUGGAACUCUGGUCACAA